AAAAUGUCUGAGCUUUUUGUGAGGCUUUUAGAUCAAAACCGUCCAUUAAAUCUCUUUGGUCUUAUCUUCUCCUCACAACUGAACCAUGACUUCGAUCCCGGCGAAGCCUCUCGCCUCCGGUCACUUACAUCUUCGCCGGAAUAAUCCCACUUUCCCGGAGAACUCGAUAUCUCCGGCAAUGGUCGCCGCCGUUUCGAGCAAAGCGUCGCCUUUUCUCGGAGUCUCCUCCGCGUCUCUGUCUUUUGAAUCUGCGGUGAAGAAAAGCCCGGUGAUGGUUAGGUCGCGGCGGAGAAACGGCGCCGUAGGAGUGGUGGCGACGGUGGCGGCGCCGUCGUGGUUCGAGUCGUGGAAGCCGGAGAAGACGGCGGCUGCUCCGUCGCUGAGUGACGUCAUCUGGCCUGCUGCAGGAGCAUUCGCGGCAAUGGCGGUAUUGGGAAGAGUGGAUAAAGCGUUGGCAACGAAGGGAGUUUCAAUAUCAGUAGCUCCACUUGGUGCAGUCUCUGCAAUUCUCUUCACCUCCCCCUCCUCUCCUGCUGCUCGGAAAUACAAUAUGUUCGUGGGUCAGAUAGGGUGUGCGGCCAUAGGAGUGUUGGCGUUGACGGUGUUCGGACCAGGGUGGCUGGCCCGCAGCUCAGCUCUUGCGGCUUCUAUCGCCUUCAUGGUCCUAGCCCGAGCCAACCACCCUCCUGCGGCGAGUCUGCCAUUGAUGUUCAUAGACGGAGCUAAGUUCCAUCAGUUGAACAUUUGGUACGCUGUCUUCCCCGGUGCCGCUGGUUGUCUCAUCCUUUCCCUCAUUCAAGAGGUUGUGUGUUACUUGAAGAAAAACUUCAAGUUUUGACGAGGAAGCCGAUGAUCCCAAGUCUCUCUCUCUCUCUUUUUGUGGGCAUCCGUACAUGGCAUAUAUAUAUAUAUAUAUAGUUUUUUGUAUGCAUGUAGUCACGUACACGUAUACGAACCGUAUAUAAGUAAAUAUAUACACAUUUUUACCAUGUGUAAA